UGGUCGUUGAAUCCAUUUGGUGGAGGCUCCCGCAGCUCCGCUGAGGUGCAUACGCUAACCCAAGUUGUAACUGGCGUUCCACGUGACAGGGGAAUGCGCUUGGCUGUGACAGUGUCUGGCAUUCCGAUGCCUCUUCGCUGUUUCCUUGAUUUGCAUAUCAUUCUGCCUCCAGUUCACAGCUGCUUCCGUUUCAUGUCCUCAACCUCACACUGAUUGUCGCGCAUUCUCACAUCUUUGUUUGCUUUUCACCCGCCAAGCAUCCUGCUCCUGUACCCCAACAUUUGCAUCUCCUGCAUCCGACACGUUCGUCCCGUCCCGUCUCCAUCGGUUCCUGACCUGACUCCGCUACCCCGCCAAUUACGUCACGCGCAAUGGCGUCCUCGACCGCACAGUCUGGACCAACACGGGCACCUUUUGAGCCACCGGUACCAACACCACAAACAGAACUGAAACAACCGCCAAAGCGACCCAAAUGGUGUCUCACCGAACACCUCCUGACAACGUACGGCUACGAAUUCCAGGCCGCCACGCAGCAUCCGUUUCUCGUGGCAGCUGCCAAGGGUGAGCUCCCCAAGGACGUCCUGAGUCGCUGGCUCGCCAACGACAGGUUAUAUAUCCACAGUUAUAUCCGCGCCGCCGGAAAGCUUCUUUCCACCAUCGACUUGCCCCAGAAGAUCCCGGCGCCCAGGCAAGAUGGAUCCGAGCCCGAACCCGAACAGUGGGAAACACAGCUGGUUGACUGGCUGAUCGAAGCCCUUGGUGCCGUCCGCAGGGAAGAGCGAAUGUUCAUCGAAGUGGCUGAGCGUUACGGCUUGACAAUUGAUCUCACUAGCCCCGCCGCAACAGCGAAUAGCGUCAGUACCAGCACCAGUACCAGUGUCGAACACCAUCUCCACGCCCCUGCCGCCAACGUUCUCACCAUUCCCGAUGACCAAAAGCUCCCGGGCUUGCUCCAGAUUUGCGAGCUCUUCUCCACCAUCAUACCUGGCCCCAUCCCCAUAGCACCCGCGCGCGGCCUCGUCGUUGCCGUAUCCGCCGACAAAUCAUCUCCCGACAACCCGCCCUCUACCCCCGAUCCCGACCAGACCGCGAAAGCCAGCGAGACCGAGAAGGACAAAGAACCGCAACCUGACAAUAAAGACGAGCCAGAGGAGCCACCAGUUCACCCUCCUCCCGCUUUGCCAUGGCUCGAAGGCGCUCUCACCUUCUAUGGCACCGAGCUCGCCUACCUAGCCGCCUGGUCCUAUGCUAAAUCUCUACAAAACAAAUACUCUGCGGACGCCACCUCCCGCUCCGCUGGCACCCAAGGCCAAGGGUCCUCGUCCUCAAACACCGCCCCAGGUGCCCUGGACAAAUAUACAACGCCUCCGCACACCUUCACAACCACAACUCCAGCCACUUCCCCCGCCCCAACCCGCGAAGCGCUUUCCGCAUUCUCCUCGCCACACGUCAGCAUCCAGCCGUUCCAACCCCCUCCUCCCCCGAACAGCGCUUCCGGCGAUAGAUCUGCACCAGGGAAGCAGGAUGCGGAUGGCGGCGCGCUGAGAAACGAGUUCAUCCCCAACUGGAGCAGCGUUGAAUUUGCACUUUUUGUCAACCGGCUGGGACGAAUCAUCGAUGGUGCCGUGUCCGAGUUACUCGAAGCUGCGGGUGGGGAAGGCCCGGUGGCGAAUGCGGCUAAGGGGGCUAUCCUGAGGAGAGUGGAGGGCAGAUGGAAGAGCUUGAUGGUUGCUGAGGCGUCGUUUUGGCCCGAGGUUUAGGGGGUCGUGGGCACUUUUAGGUCUCUUAAAUGGGUGUGCUAUUAAUUGCAUUGAUGUGCCACUGAGGAGAUGAAUGACAAACUUGGAUGAUCUUUGGGUUGGAGAUAUCAAGAUUACAUGCUAUUAUGGACUGGAUCGUAGCAUGACCGAAGGUUACUAGACUUUUUGGAUACACCUUGGAUAGAUCAAAGUACGUUAUGAAGCAGAAAUAUACAGCAUAUUCUAGCC